CUCUCGAUGCACUGAUGCACCUGAGACAUGGAGUCUGUGGAGAGAUCGCAGCAGUCCGCGCUGCACCGGAACAUGCGACCCUGCGGCAGAGAUCAGGAACACGCGCUUUACACGGGAUGCGCACGAAGCGCUGCACGCACAGUUAACUUUGUAGACCUUUAUUGUGAAGCCUUCUGUUGCGGAAGAGUGUCAACGUCCGGAGACUUUUACUGUGUUCCGACCUGAUCCAACCGUUCAACAAGUUUGGAGAGAAGAAGUCGUCGGAGUGUGACCUUUGACCGUAACUCAGCUGUUCGCUCGUCCCGUGCAGGUGCUGCUUGGUGCUCUGCUCUGAAAGCCCACGAUGCAGCUCCCGGUUCUGACACUGAGGUCGCUCCUGGUCCUGGGGCUUUGGAACUCAGGGAGGAGAAGUCUGGCCUCAGCCCCGGAGCUGCGACACCCUCCACAAAAGAUCGCUGUGAUCGGAGCCGGCAUCGGCGGCACCGCAGCAGCACAUUACCUGAGGCAGGAGUUUGGAGAUGGCGUGAAGAUCGAUGUGUUCGAACCGGGAGCCGUUGGUGGGCGACUGGCGACCGUAAAGAUGGCAGGUCACGAGUAUGAGAUGGGAGGCUCAGUGAUCCACCCUCUGAACCUUCACAUGAAGCACUUUGUAGAAAGAUUAGGUCUUUCUCCGAAGCAAGACAUCCCCUCUAAAAUGGCCAUCUUUGAUGGGAAUGAGAUCAUGUUUGAGGAGAGUGACUGGUUUAUAGUGAACUUCUUUCGCCUGCUCUGGAGAUACGGGUUCAACUUCCUUCGAAUGCAGAUGUGGGUGGAGGGUAUUUUGGACAAAUUCAUGAGGAUCUACCAGUACCAGCAGUACGGUUACUCAUUCUCCAGCGUAGAUAAACUGCUGCACGCUAUGGGUGGCGAGAGCUUUAUUACGCUGAUGAAUCAGACUUUGGAGGAAGCCAUGAUGAAAGAAGGUUUCUCGCAGACCUUCCUCAACGACAUUGUCGCACCGAUAACGCGCGUGAACUAUGGUCAGAGCGUCCGCAUCCAUGGCUUUGUGGGGGCCGUGUCACUAGCAGGAGCAGGUUCAGGCCUGUGGUCAGUGGAUGGAGGCAAUAAUAAAGUGUGUGCAGGACUGUUGUACCACAGUAAAAGUGAGCUCAUUUCUGCCAACGUCACGUCCAUUUCAUUCACACUCCGACCUUCUAAGAAAGGCACCACGAACAGCUUCUACGAGGUCAAUUAUGUGGAUGAGUCUGGCUCGGCCCACUCCCUGUAUGACAUUGUGGUAAUAGCCACGCCGCUUCACGAGGGGAAGUCUGACAUCACCUUUUCAGGCUUCUCCCCUCCCAUACCUUCUCACUACCCGGGCCGCUACCAGCAGACUGUGGCCACCAUGGUCCACGGUCUGCUGAACAUGUCCUACCUCGGGACCACGGAGCCGGCCUCAGACUUCACCGUCACUGACAUUCUCACCACGGACUCCAAAGGCUCUUUCAUUAACAGCUUGAGCGCCGUGGACCCUGUGCACAUCCCCGAUGGUUACAAGCGGCCCCCCGCCAGCCAGCCCAAAGUGUGGAAGGUCUUCUCCCCCCAGCCACUGACCCAGCAGCAGCUGCAGAACAUGUUCGUCUCCUGGGAUUCCACGUCUGAGGCCCGCUGGCUGGCUUACCCCGUCUACCGCCUGCCCUAUCGGAAGAGCCCCCCCUUCAUCCUGCACGACAGGCUGUAUUACCUGAACGCCGUGGAGUGGGCAGCGAGCGCCAUGGAGAUGAGCGCCAUCUCUGCCCGGAACCUGGCCCUGUUGGCGCACCACCGCUGGCACCAGCAGGCCGGCAAAAUUGACCAGGAAGACCUGCACACGCGUCUGAGAGGGGAACUGUGAGGAGCGGAAGCUCGUGGGCUGUUAUGACUCCUAUGGAGGCAAGUCCCUGUCCACACUCGCUGCAGGUGUCUGGGGCGCCCCCGUGGGUUUGGCCCUUUAUUUGGCAGCAGUCACGACUUUUUGUGAGGUAACUUUAUACGCACUAAUGCUAAGAUCUGCGAACACUCUGAGAUUAGAGUUAAUACGUCAAUCAGUUAAAUAAUCGAAGAGUUGAGGGAAAAUUUGUCUGCGACUGUUUAAAUAAUUUAAAACAUUUUAGGGUUUUAGUUCCUGACAGUUUAUAGUUGUUCUUAUCUGACAGUGUUGUAAAAAACAAUAAGGUUUGUAAAUGUCCAUCAUUAUAUUCUACAGUACUGAUGUACAUACCUCUUAAUAAAGAGAAAACACUCUAAUCAGGUAGCAUAAUUAACAAGCAAAGCAGCAGUUAGGCUACUUCAGAUAUGACCUUAAAUGAUACGUUUGCCCUUUUGGUGCCGUGACUUCACUGCAGAUCUGAGCAGUUAAUGAGUCCAGUGUUAUUACUGCGUUGUUGGGUCCUGGUUGUGGUUAAGGGUUAGGGUUAGUCGUAUUUGCGAUCACUGUGAACGACACUGCACUGCCGGACGGACACGCAGGUGUUUCCCUGUCAGCAAGAUGUCCGAACACAUUCUGUACGUUACUUUUUCCCACACGGUCUCGUUGUGUCCACAAACAUUAACCCGCGCGUCUUUAGAUCUCUACCUCCCUUGGCUGCUGUACAUGUUAGUGGAUGAGCUCAGGCAGUUUUACUAGUUAUAAAGCACUAACUAAUUAGAAUAUUUUUCUUGUAAUUUAAAUACUGAUAUUUGAUUAAUAUAAUUGAGAGAUGCUAAUAACACAGAUUGGUUAAGAAUGGUGCCUUAAAGGUGACAAAUGCCUUUAAUAAUUAUCUCUCAUCAGUUGUCCUGAAUUGUGACGAUUCUGAAAAUGCAUUACUGUACGAUACAUCUCUGAUGAUUCAUGGACUGUACAGGUUUGUUAAAUGGUUCUUAAGCACAUUUAAAAAUGUUUUUUAUGUUGUUCCGAGUCUCCUGCUUGUGAAUGUUUGUCAAUCUUUUCUCUCGCACCUUAAUCCAUCAGUGUUUCAGCGUUAGUGGAGAAUUAGGUUUCCUUUUUGAUGUCAGACUGUGCUGAAACCUCCUGCAUCCUACAAUGUUGAAAGUGUUUACAGUCACAAUAAAGCCUCAAGCCUUGUA